UACUUGGAUUCAAAGUUGUUGCCUUUACAUGUCAUAUAUCUGUUUUGGCUAUUUCAUGCCUCACCAUUGAAUCCUUCGUUUCAGGCCAAUCAACCAUUUACGAGAGCUAUCUUUCAGGCCUGAGUUCACUUAAAGGGUCCCUGCUUGGUUUGCUUAUGAGACUGACUAUUGUUUGUGGAGUUGAAUAAUAUCUGCAAAUGUCAAGUCUUCUUAAUAUAUAUCACUGUAGCUCUCUUGGAUACUCAGGACUCUCUAGUAGGGGAGGUAUAACUGUUGGAAACUGUAGAUGGGUCUGGCACAGCGGUGGAGUCAGGUUGUCGUUUCCAAGAGUUGAGUCUUCAUCCAUGAGUAUAAACAUUGCAAUGGGUUGUACGUUUCAGCAUGGGAGAGCAAAAAGCUUAAGUCAGGAAAACGUAGUGGAGUUAUCUGAUGAAAACGAUGAUCUAUGUCCUGUGGAGUGUGUCACUGAGUUCAAGACCGAUGAUGAAUUGCUUAGAGUCCUUGAAAAGUCGAAAGAAACUAAUUCUCUGGUCGUGGUUGAUUUUUAUCGCACUGCUUGUGGGAGUUGUACAUACAUAGAGCAGGGCUUCUCAAAAGUGUGCAAGCAAUCUGGUGACCAAGAAGCUCCUGUUAUCUUCCUUAAGCAUAAUGUGGUAGAUGAAUAUGAUGAACAAUCUGAAGUCGCAGAAAGGCUCCGUAUCAAGUAA